UGAUCAGUGUCCAGCAGUGCCACCCACCAGUGCUGCCCACCUUGCCACCCACAUGUGCCCAGCAGUGCCAACCACCAGUGCCCCCCACCAGUGCCACCCAUCAGUGCCCAAAAGUGCUGCCAGUCAGUGCCAUCCAUCAGUAUUGCCCAUCAGUGCCGCCUAUCAGUGCCCAUCACUGUUGCAUAUCAGUGCAGCAUCAUCAGUGCUGCCUCAUUAGUGCCACCUAUCAGUGCCCAUCAGUGCUGUCUAUCCAUGCCACCUCAUCAGUGCCCAUCAGUGCUGCCUAUCAGUGCCCAUCAGUGCUACCUAUCAGUGCAGCCUCAUCA